GAAAAAGAAAAGAAAAUAAACUGUCAGUAACAGAUAGCGAAACAACCAAACCAACAACCGCCAUGACCGAAGAAGACCGCUCCGCCGAAGAAAACGUCCGCAAUGGCGUCGCCGCGAAGGAUCUCGGCGGCAAGGAGAAGGACGUCGCGGAAGUGACUUCGGCCGCUGAAGGUUUGGUUGCCGGAAGCGUGAAGGGACCUUGGUCACCGGAGGAGGACGCGCUGUUGAGCCGAUUGGUGGCGCAGUUCGGGGCAAGGAACUGGGGCAUGAUCGCGCGGGGAGUGCCAGGACGCUCCAGCAAGUCGUGCCGGCUCCGGUGGUGUAAUCAGCUUGACCCUUGCUUGAAACGCAAGCCCUUCACUGAGGAAGAGGAUAACAUCAUAGUUUCAGCCCAUGCAAUCCAUGGAAACAAAUGGGCAAUAAUUGCUAAGCUUCUUCCAGGUAGAACAGAUAAUGCAAUCAAGAAUCACUGGAAUUCUACACUGACGCGCAAGCGUAUGGAAAUGGGAAGAUAUGUCCCAGCACAUGCUGAUGUGAUCGAAGAUGGUACUGGUAACUUUGAAAAAACAAAAGCAUCCUCUGAAGAAACCAUGUCAAUUGGGGAUAUCAAUUCAUUGAAUCCUGCAGAAGUCAGAAAUGUCAUGAUGAAUGAUGAAACUAAACCUCCAACAAAAGAUGAUGCUAAAGUGGAGGAACAUGCUACUCUUCAUCGACCAGUAGCACGUGUUAGUGCAUUUAGUUUUUAUAACUCUCCAGGCAGGCCAACAAUGGGGUCAUGUUCAAAGAUGUUCCCAAGGCAGAGCCCUUUGAUCCAAUCCCCCAAACCAGACGUAGGACCCUGCAAGUUAUUUGAUAAUAUUGAUUGUGAGCCCAUGGUUUCAUCAAAAGAUGAUGCUAAAGUGGAGGAACAUGCUACUCUUCAUCGACCAGUAGCACGUGUUAGUGCAUUUAGUUUUUAUAACUCUCCAGGCAGGCCAACAAUGGGAUCAUGUUCAAAGAUGUUCCCAAGGCAGAGCCCUUUGAUCCAAUCCCCCAAACCAGACGUAGGAUCCUGCAAGUUAUUUGAUAAUAUUGAUUGUGAGCCCAUGGUUCCAUCACAAUGUGGUCAUGGCUGCUGUUCAGGAGACUCGAGGGAAAGCCAUUUGCAUGGUUCACUUCUAGGUCCCGAGUUUGUUGACUAUUUGGAGUCACCUUUCUCUAGUCAUGCAUUUCUUUCUAUAGCUACGGACUUGAACUGUUGUCCAAAGUAUCACAGAAAAUGAUACACAGAAAAAUCUGAAUUUCUUUCUAAGGAUGAGUUUCGGAUUACAAAGAGUUUUCUAGAGAGAGUUGAAAAAGAAUCACUCUCAAUCUAAACAUUAGUUGAGCUAAUUAUACUGGUUUUUACAAAUGGACAGCUCACUAAUUUUAGUAGUUUGUUACAACUGUUUUACCUACCAGCUUAAAUUUGUUAGUUAUGUGGACCAACUUAUCAACAAAUCUCUACCUUGGUUACAUAACUAGACAAGGAUCAAAGUGGCUGCUCCCUUUUUGACAUCAGACUAGCUAACGUUCUUCAAAUUUAUAAGGUCCAGGCAGUAGAAAAACUUGCUGCUUGGUAGAACUUUAGUGAUCAUAUCAGAGGGAUUAUGCUAAGUGGAGACUUUCUUCACCAACACAGCUCCUCAGCAAUAGUCUCUCACACAAAGUGUAACUUCACAUCUACAUGCUUUGUCCUUUCGUGAUAAACCUGGUUCUUUGAAAGGUGAAUAGCACUUUGGUUAUCACAAUUGAUAUUGAUAGCAUGAUCUUGCAGCUUCAGCUCUCGACCAAUUCCCCUUAACCACAGUGCUUCUUUUACAGCUUCUGUCAAAGCAAUAUACUUUGUUUCAGUACUGGACAAUGCAACCACCUUCUGAAGACUAGCUUUCUAGCUAAUUGCAGUUCCAAAUGCAGUAAAGAUAUAUCCUAUGAUUGAUUUCCUGGUGCCAAGGCAGCCAACAUAAUCGGAGUCCACAAACCCUUCUAUGGCAGCUGAAUUGUAAAUGGUCUUAUCAGCUCCACCAUAAACCAGACCCUUCCCAAGUGAAUCUUUGAUGUAUCUCAGAAUCUACUUCAAGGCUUGCCAAUGCACCUUCCCUGGAUACAUGAACCUACUCACCAAACUCACUGAGUAUGCUAUAUCAGGUCGAGUUUACACCAUGGCAUACAUCAAAGGGCCUAUUGCAUUUGCAUAAGGAAUUUUAGCCAUAAAUUGCUUGUCUCCUUCUAAACUAGGUGCUUUAUCAUUGCUCAGUUUGAACUGUUGGGAUAUAGAUAAGGUUACUGGCUUAGCUCGAGACAUUCCAAACUUGUCAACACUUUCUUUCAGUAUGACUCUUGAGAUAGGAACAAAUACUUCUUGUUUCUGUCCCUUUUGAUCUCAAUUCCCAAAAUCUUACUGGCAGCACCUAAAUCUUUCAUUUCAAACUCCCUUUUAAGUUCAUCCUUUACCUUUGUUAACUCACUCUUAUCAUUGCUUGUUAGCAAGAUAUCAUCAAUACAGUAAGAAAACAAAGGUAUUAGGUGUGAUGAAUUUGAAGUAAACACAGCUAUCAUACUUACUUCUGUUGAACUUAAUUCUUGACAUGAAAUCAUCAAAUCUCUUAUUCCAUUGUCUAGGAGAUUGUUUCAGACCAUACAAGGAUUUGUUCAACUUACAGGCAUGAUCUUUCUUGCCUUUUGCUUCAUAUCCUUCAGGUUGUCACAUGUAGAUAACCUCUUCCAGCUCUCCAUAAAAAAAGCUAUCUUCACAUCCAUUUGUUCUAGCUCCAAAUCAAACUUUGCAACCAUAGCUAAGAGUAUCCUUAAAGAAGGAUUUGUUCAACUUACAGGCAUGAUCUUUCUUGCCUUUUGCUUCAUAUCCUUCAGGUUGUCUCAUGUAGAUAACCUCUUCCAGCUCUCCAUAAAAAAAAGUUGUCUUCACAUCCUUUUGUUCUAGCUCCAAAUCAAACUUUGCAACCAUAGCUAAGAGUAUCCUUAUAGACAUGUGCUUUACAACUGGCAGGAAAACAUCAUUGUAAUCAAUGUCUUCUCUCUGUUUGAAGUCUCUAGCAACUAGCCUUGCCUUAAAUCUUCCUUGUUCAACUCCCGAAAUCCCCUCUUUCAUCUUAUAGACCCACUUACGACUUACUAACUUGGCACCAGCUGGUUUCUUCACUAACUCCCAUGUGUGGUUGUCAUGGAGUGAUUUCAUUUCCUCAUCCAUAGUUUUUCCCCAUUUCAAUUUUUCCUUACUCGCCAUUGCAGCCUUGUAGCUUUUUGGCUCAUCAUCCCAAACUUCACUAGUAUCUACAAGGGAGAAAACCAUCAGAUCAGCAUAACCAAAUUUUUUUGGUGGUUUGAUCUGUCUCCUGGUCCUAUCUCGAGCCAGCAAGUAAUCAUUUGUCUCAUCUUCAACAUCAGGUUGAGUUCCUUCUAGACACUCUUCCUCAGGUGGUAUGUUGUCAUCUUGUUUACUCUGAGCUGUAUCAAUAGGCUCCACCUCAAACAUUGUUUUUUCUGAAGCUGGAUCCAAUUGUCCCUUGUUAGUAUUUGAUGCUGUUUUAUAGGCCAUUUCAGACUCAUUGAACACCACAUCUCUACUUAUAAUGCAUUUCUUAUGUCCAUCACACCACAACUUAUAGCCUUUGACACCUUUUACAUACCCUAUAAACAUGCACUUCAAGGCCCUGGGUUCCAACUUGUCUUGCCUUAUGUGCGCAUAGGCAACACAACCAAACACUUUAAGUCUGUCAUAGGUUGGAGGAUGACUAGACUAGACUUCUUCUGGUGUUUUCAUGUUCAAGGCCAUAAAUGGACAUCUGUUUAUCAAGAAACAAGCUGUUGGCACAACUUAUGCCCAAAAAGUCUUGACAACUGCACUUGAAAGCAUGCAUCUAACCCUCUCAAGUAUGGUUCUAUUGAACCUUUCUGCUAGGCCAUUUUGCUGGGGUGUUCUAGCAACUGAUUUAUGCCUAGCAAUUCCUAUCUUCCUGCAAUAAUCACUGGAAAAAUCAAAACAGAAUUCAAGACCAUUAUCUGCACAAAACCUCUUGAUUUUCCUUUCAGUUUGAUUCUUAAUCAUUGUUUUCCAAUUCUUGAAAGUCUCAUAAACCUCAUCCUUAGUUUUGAGAAUGAGAUAGAGUUCUAGAGGGUCCCCAUAGAUCAGCAUGUAUCAAAUCCAAGAUGCCUUUAGUUCUUUGUUGACCAACUCCAAACUUUGCUUUACAGGUCUUACCAUAAACACAAUGUUCACAGAAAUUCAGUUUCUCCACUUUGUCACCACAUAGCAUACCUUGUUUAGAGAGCUCCACCAAACCCCUUUCACUCACAUGCCCCAACCUUCUAUGCCACAACUCAAUUCUUGACAUGUCUCUUACAAAACCUGAAGCUAUUAACCCAGCUACUACCUUUCCUUCCAAUGAGUACAAGUCAUGCUUCCUCACACCCCUCGUGAUAAUUCUUGAGUCCUUCAUAACCUCCAAUAUGUCAUUUUCACCUCUGAACAAAUAACCUUUUUUGUCUAAUUCGCCAAGUAAAAUUAGAUUUCUCUUAUGAUUAGGAACAAAUCUUACAUCUUUGAUAAUCUUUUCAAUCCCAUCAUGCAAUUUUAAUCUGAUUGAUCCAAUACCUUGAAUUUUACAUGGCUUAUUGUUUCCAAGUAACACUAACCCUCCCUGUAGCUCAAUGAACUUCUCAAACCAGGGCUUAUUUGGUGUCAUAUGGAACGAACACCCAGAAUCCAUAAUCCAUUCUCCAUCAGAUUUCAUAGAGCCUACCAUUAAAGCUUCUACAGAUUCAUAACCAUCUUGGACUAUCGUUGCAUUUCCUCCUUCCUUUGAUUUAUGAGAAUUGUAACCAUUCUACGUCAGAAUCUUCAAGUGUGACCUUCCUUUUUGCAGUGGUAACAUCUUAUAUUAGGCACAUUUCCACUAUUUUCAGACUGCGACUUUGAUUUCUUCUUCUCAAGAUGGUUGUCUUUCUUGGUUCAUUUCCCUUGGACUAUUAAACCUUCACCACUCACAAAAGCCUUUUGCUCAUUUCUUUCAUUCAAUUCCUUUGAGUUCAGGGCUGAUUGAACAUCUAACAGGGACAAAGAUUCUCUCCCAUACAAGAGGGUUUCUUUAAAAUGAGAGAAAGACUUUGGUAAAGCACACAAUAGUAACAGGGCCUGAUCUUCGUCAUCAAUAUUUCUAGAUCAAGAAACAGUUUAUUGAAGACAUUCAAUUGAGAUUCCACAGUUCUACCUUCUUGCAUCUUGAAUAUAAGGCUUGUUUAAGAUAAAGAUGAUUUACUAGAGAUUUAGUCAUAUACAAACCUUAUAGUUUCGACCAAAUUCCAACUGUUGUCUUCUCCUUCGAGACAUGUCUUAGUACCUUGUCUCAAAGACUCAAGAUGAUUGCAUUGUGAGCCUUAUCCAUCAAGAUCUUCUUAUCUCUUUCCUCCAGCUUUACAUCAGAGCGGUUUCACCUUGCAAAGCUUCUUCAGACCCUGAUGAACAAGCAAUGCUCUCAUCUUCAAUCGCCAUAAGCCAAAAUCAUUUUGGCCUGUGAAUUUUUCAACCUUGUACUUUGCAGAUGUCAUGACUGAUCGUUCCACACUCACCGCACCAGUUUGUUGUGCAAAGUAUCACAGAAAACACACAAAAAUCAUAAUUUCUUUCUAAGGAUGAGUUUCAGAUUAAAGAGUUUUUUUAGAGAGAAUUGAAAAAAGAAUUACUCUCAAUCUAAACAGUAGUUGAGCUACUUAUACUGGUUUUUACAAAUGGGCAACUCACUAAUUUUAAUACUUUGUUACAAUUGUUUUAACUACCAGUCACGUUUGUUAUAACUGUUUUAACUACCAGCUUAAAUUUGUUAGUUAUGUGGACCAAUUUAUCAACAUGAACAAUAUAGCUUGGAUCAAGAGUGGCCUUGAGAAUUGUAGUACUGGAGUAACUGCGAAUACUGCAAACUUGACAGCAUCUCAAGGAGUUGCCACUGCUUCGCAAGCAAACUUCUUACGAGAAGAUCUAAAGAAUGGCUAUGGGCAAUUUGAGGAGGGACAUGGCAUGUUUUUGGGUGCGAUCCAAGAAGUGUUGUCAACAAAGAUGGCUAGGCAACAUUAUGCAGUGCCUGCGGAAGUCUGACUCUAACUUAAAAUUCCUCAAUUGGAUUUUUUAUUUUUUAUUUUGAUGUGCAAGUGGAUUUCAAUCUUACUUUGUGGCAUUUUGUGGUGGGUGGAUAGAUAGAUCAUAGAUGGUAGAAGUUUGUUUCACUACAGUCAAGGCACCGUGUAGAACGAGUAGCUAUUUUUGGCUUUCA